AUGAUAAAUUUACAGUGUAGUACAAAUAAAUUGUGUAGGCAAACUAGAAAACUAAGAAAAGUUCAAGUAGAGCAGCUACCUGGGAAUUCAUUGAUUAUGACAGAACAAUCAGAUCUAGUUAUUUUAAGUUCUGAUAGUGAGGAAGAACUAACUAAUUCUGUAGCUGAGAUAGAAUGUGAAGAAAUAUUUGAAAGUAGUAGGAAUCAUAGAGCCCCUACAAAUAGAGUAACACCAGAAGCAAGCUACAAUGCAAAUAGGAGCGAAAAUAGGAAUAUUGUAGAAGUUGAGAAUUCUACUUUAGUAACUGAUGAAGAAUCAUCUACUGAAGAUGUUCAAAUUAUUGGAAUAAAUGAAGCUACAUUCAACAGGUCAGGUAACUUUCAUUCUUUACAUCAAACUUCUAAUAUAAGUAAAGAUUUCCCAAUUUUUGGUGUAUACUCUAAUCUACUAAAUUUUAUAAGCAAUAUAGUUAAUCCAAGCUCUACACUAAGUGGAAAUUCUACAGUUCAUGCUCCAUUAGAACUCACACAAACUGAAAAGGAGAAAGCUGCAAAAUUUACAUGUCCAAUUUGUCUAGAUGAUUGGGAUAAUAUUAUGAGCCGAGCUACAUCUCAUGUUCCUUGUCUACCAAAUAUUAAAACUCCUAUAGUUAUCACCCGUUGUGGUCAUCACUUAUGCCUAAGUUGUGCAGGAAACCUAGUACAAAGAAAACAAAGAUGUCCAAAAUGUAGGAAAACUCUUUCAAAAAGAGAUUUUAUAAAUUUCUAUGCUUAA